UAACCAAAAUCUGGAGGCCACAGGAGUCGACGAAAAUAGAAUCAGAUGCUGGUAGGUUACCCGUGAUUGCAAAUUGUAAAGGAAAAUCCCAUAGCUGUUCUUGCAAACCUUAACGCCAAUGAACCCAGAUGAAUGGGUACAAAAUAAGAGUAAACGAAAGUCUUAAAUGUGGAUUUUCAAGUAAAGAUUUUAAAGAAUCAGAUUGAACGAGCAAAAACAACAGUUGGCGGUGGCACAAAACACCAAAAUCCAAUAAAUCUAGAGAAUCCAAAGUCCGAUUCUAAGAAAGAAAUGAAUCCAAAUAUCCAUUAAUGCUAUUAAUUGCAACAGGAUUCUCUAGCAGAAAAACUUCUUUUUCUGUUUCAAAAUCCUUAAUUUAUUUCCAUGUAUAAAAAUGCCACCACUGCGCCAUCAAUUUCCAUGCGAAAGACUGAGCUGUUCAGUUUUUCUCUCUCUUUCUAUAUCCAUAAAUAUAUACACCCACAACACGUAGUAAAUGGAGAAGAACAACCCAUCCCAGGAAAAGAUGAUGAGGGCCAGUGGCUUUCCCCUGGUCAGUGAAGAUGUUAUGGAAAAUAUUCUGUCAAGGUUACCUGCCUUGUCAUUUGCAUCAGCAGCCUGCGUUAACAAAAGCUGGAAUGAGGUCUGCGGUCGAAUCCUCUCAAGGCCUAAGCUUGCCUCUGCUCUCUCUCUCAACCCUUCCCUCCAUGAUGCUGUGAAAGAGGUUCUUGACAAGGUUCUUUCAGAGCCGAUUGCUCCUCAUUUUGCUAUUGCCUGCAUUGGCAAGAAAUUCAGCUUGGAAGUUACUCACAGACUAAUCACAGAAAAAUUGGGCUCAAGCGUUCCAACGAUUACUAAUGUAGCCAAUGGAAUCAUUGGUUUUGAUGCUCUCACUAAUAAACUAAAGGAGGUUAAGUGGGAAUCAAGCGAUGAUGAAGAUGAUCGGGAUCACGGCUGUGGCAGUAAUGGUCCUGAUUCCACAGGAGAUAGUCUGCUUGAUCGAGGGAUUGUUUUGGUUGUUGGAUUUGUACCUGGACUCAAAGUUGAUGCCAUCCCACUGUUGAGACCAAAUAAAGUACCUGGAAUACCUUUGGUUGACAAAUUUGUGACGGAUAUUAGAAAUUUCACGGCCUCUUUUUCAGAUAGCAUGUCACCUGCUGGGAUCAUAGUGUUUGGAGAUGAAGAAACUGACAUGAAACCUGUCCUUGCGAAUAUGGAUUUUGCAAUGGACGAGGAAACUGUCAUUGUGGGCAAUGCAAAUGGCCGCUUCUUGUGCAGUAGUGCAGAUAAUACUAGAAAUAAUCAUUCAGAUACGUACUACUUAGAUGCUGUUGCUCUCGUUUUUGCAAAGGACAAACACAAGUCUGCUGAUAUUGGAGAAACUCAAUUUCAUGUUACGCUGUCAACUGGUGUAAUACCUUUUGGACCCCAGCUCCAGGCAGUUUGUGUGAUAGCAAAAGACUCAGAGCGUUCAUGGCUCACUGCUAGAAUGGAAGGACAGCCCGAAAUUCUUUAUGGUGAGGGCCUCUUAGUGGAUAUCAAAGAUCAGUUGGAUGAUAAUGAGACUCCUGAUCUGUAUAUUGGAGUCGUACAGCACAGAGAAUUCUCUACUGGUCAGAGUUCAUCAUCAGGAGCAUCCUUGGCAUUUUAUGAAGUUUUAGGAGGAGAUAAAGAGUUCUUUAUCAUUAAUGGUGUUGGCGUCAAACCUGGUGAUUACUUCCUAUUCUACCACUCAGACUCUGAUACUGCAUCAUCCUCCUGCGGCAACGCCUAUAGAAACCUUGCAAUUCUGAAGGAAGAAUCAAGCAACAAAAACUGCCUGCAGUCAAGGAAUGUUGCAGGUAACAAUGAAGAGAAAGAGGUGCUUGGAGGUUUAAUUUUCUCUGGCUAUCCGCGAGGCGAGGCAUUUUACCCUUGCGUUGACACCUUUCCAUUCAGUGACAAUUUUCCUGGGGUACCACUAGCAGGAGUCUUUUGCAGUGGAGAAAUAGGACGAGGUUCUUCAAGCUCGAUAUCUCAAGAAGACGAUGAACAAAACUCUGCUCGAUGCUCCUUACAUUACCACAGCACAGUGUACUUGGUUAUGUCAUACGUUCCAGCAAUUUCAAAGCGCUAAGUUUUUGGUUACUUUUUGCUUAAUUUUGGUUAGACUUCAAGUGCACGAAGGCAAACAUGUUAUCUGCCCCUUCACAAGAGAUGCAUGGAAACUUGCUAUUGUGUGUUGUUAAUGUUAUCUUUGUACUUUUUGUAAGCUCAGUUUGUUUGUGUAUGCCUAAGAGCUCCAAUACAUCAGCUAGCUCAUGUUUGUUUUGGAA